AUGUCUCAGCCGGCCAUGAUGCAGGCCAUCGAGGAGGAAGCCCAGCCUGCUCAGCACGGGGACUUUCGUGAUGAUGCCGCCGAAGAGAGCCAGCCGUACCCUGGAUUAUUUUCCCAGGACACUAUGCCUGCCAUUAUCGAAUCAUUGGUGAUCGACGAUGUCGUUUCUGACGACGGAAAACAAACAAGCCCAGAGCAAAGAGGAGCAGCAAACGAUUAUCGAGGCCAUCGACGACAGCGAUCCUCCGCGAGCAGCCAGAGCAAGAUUAUGACGGCCCAGGAGUUUGAGAUGUACCGACGGGCGAAGAUGAUGCACCAGCACGAACUGGACGACGAAAGCGAUUACUCGCAAGACGAGAACGACCUUGACGACGUGGAUGAAAGGCAAACGAAACAAGAGGCGUUCCAACACAGGGAUCGCCAACAAGCGUACAUCGCCGAGCAGCGGUACAACAGGCGAAAAGUAUCAGGGGGUGGAGGUGUCGGGCAGCCAGACACGGGAGCCCGCCCCGAGUCACCGGCCGUCGCAGAUGCAUCGGUCGAGACGUGGCUGUCGGCGUGUUCCAAGCGGCAGUCGAGCAGCGACAAGACGCUUGCUGACCAGGUCAAUGCUGCGCCAGCGGAUCAAGAUGAUGAGGACGUCCCAGUCGCCUUGCUCCUCAAAGCAAGAGGCGCAAAGAAAAACGAAGGACACCAGAAGGAAAGGAGCCCGCAGAAUACGCUUCGUCCCCCGAGGCCACACACCCGAGCAUCGAGCCGACAACUCGCCACUCCCUCGCCGCCGCAACCGCGAGCUCCCACGCGGUCUGUCACACCAUCCCCAGGGCUCACCGCGACAGGCCAUCAGUACGGCCACACGAUGCACAUGAACAACUCGUCGCAAAUCUCCUUGCAAAGGCCUCACAUGCCGAGGCCGCACACAUCCGGCGGGCUGGUCAGUCGGAUCGAAACCCUCGAGAGCCCCAGUCCCUGGAACAAGCGCCGUACUGAACAAGACCCCUGGCUGAGCGCUCCUCUGAACCCACACCGGUUCUAUGGCAGGGAGACGACUCCGCCGCCGCAGCAGUACCCCAUGAUGAUGGGGAAUCAAUUUUUCCCAAUGCAAGUCGCGCAGCCGCAGUAUCCUGUCAUGAUGGGUGGACAAUUUCCUCCACCCCAGAUGCAGCAGCAGCAGCAGCAGCAGCAAUAUCCGAUGAUGAUGGGUGGACAGUUCAUGGCACCACAAUAUCAGCAGCGACCACUUUAUUAG